GCUGGGACGGUCUCUUCGAGCAUCCUCCCGCCAGCCGCUAGGUGUUUGGGUUCGCAGGCCUGUGCGUGGGCACUUUGUUAUUUUUUUAAUUGUUAUUAUUGAGGAGUCUGAAAUAGAUGGAAGGAGUAAAAUUAAGAGAAAAAAGAAGGGAUAAAACAAAAGUAAAGUUUUGGGGUGAAAUUCCCGCUCCAGGAACGACCUUUUCUCCCCAGCUGCAAAACGGACCGGGGCGAGAGGGGACUACAUGUCCCUGCAUGCCCUGCGGCUUUUGAACUACAAGUCCCAGCUUGCCACAUCUCUAUCAUUUACUGCAAUUGAUGCGGUUGACUAAGCCUACUUUAUUCACCAAUAUUCCAGUAACAUGUGAAGAGAAAGACUUGCCUGGAGACCUCUUUAACCAGCUCAUGAGAGAUGAUCCUUCAACUGUAAAUGGUGCAGAGAUUUUAAUGUUGGGAGAAAUGUUGACUUUACCACAGAAUUUUGGGAAUAUAUUUUUGGGAGAGACCUUUUCCAGUUAUAUCAGCGUUCAUAAUGAUAGCAAUCAAGUUGUAAAAGAUAUAUUGGUUAAAGCUGAUCUUCAGACAAGUUCUCAGCGUUUAAAUCUCUCAGCCUCCAAUGCUGCAGUGGCUGAACUUAAACCCGAUUGUUGUAUAGAUGAUGUCAUACACCAUGAAGUAAAGGAGAUUGGAACACACAUCUUGGUGUGUGCAGUGAGUUAUACAACUCAGGGUGGAGAAAAAAUGUAUUUUAGAAAAUUCUUCAAAUUUCAGGUUCUCAAACCAUUGGAUGUGAAAACCAAAUUUUACAAUGCAGAGAGUGACCUCAGUUCUGUGACGGAUGAAGUAUUUCUUGAAGCCCAGAUUCAGAACAUUACAACCUCACCCAUGUUUAUGGAGAAAGUUUCAUUGGAGCCAUCUAUAAUGUACAAUGUAGCAGAAUUAAAUUCAGUCAACCAAGCUGGAGAAUGUGUAACUACAUUUGGGUCAAGAGCAUAUCUGCAGCCAAUGGAUACACGCCAGUACUUGUACUGCCUAAAACCCAAGAAGGAGUUUGCAGAAAAAGCAGGCAUCAUUAAGGGAGUAACGGUAAUUGGAAAGUUGGAUAUAGUAUGGAAAACAAAUCUAGGUGAAAGGGGAAGAUUACAGACCAGCCAACUUCAAAGAAUGGCUCCAGGUUAUGGAGAUGUUAGGUUGUCUUUGGAGGCAAUCCCAGAUACUGUAAACCUAGAAGAACCUUUUCAUAUUACUUGUAAAAUAACAAACUGCAGCAGUGAAAGGACGAUGGAUCUCGUUUUGGAAAUGUGCAAUACCAGUUCUAUCCACUGGUGUGGCAUUUCAGGAAGACAGCUUGGAAAGCUCCAUCCAAGUUCCUCUCUCUGCCUUGCCCUCACUCUACUGUCUUCAGUACAGGGACUGCAAAGUGUCUCCGGCUUAAGACUAACAGACACGUUCUUAAAGAGAACAUAUGAAUAUGAUGACAUCGCACAAGUCUGCGUGGUAUCUUCGGCCAUUAAAGUGGAAAGCUGAAGAAAAUUUCCAAUGUUAUGCUUGUCAUUGAGUUUCCCAGAACUUUCUGUGUUUUUGUCACUUUUGUAAAAUGAUCAAGUCAACAGUAAAAAUAAGUAUAUAUUAUUUAAAUUUCUUUCCUGUAAAACAGUUAAAAUAUUUGUUUUGAAAAGAACCAUUUACUGAUUUUAUCUUGUGAGUUACAGUCUAGAUGAACAUUUGUAUACUUUCCACACAUAUUCUAUUUUGUUUCAUUUUAAAUGACCAUUGGACUUUGUUCUCCAAAAGCUCUGUAUUUGAGGCCAUUUGUCCCUAGCAGGUAUCUUGAAUAAUGGUCAGUGAACUUUUCAUGUAAAGGGCCAGAUACUACGUAUUUUAGAUCUUGCAGUCCAUGUGGUUUCUAUUGAAAAUGCUCAACUCUGCUGUUAUAGUGCAAAAGCAGCCAGUAGGCAAAAAUUGCACAGCAGCGUUUACAAAAACAGACAGCUGACCAGAUUUGGUCUGCGGGCCAUAGUUUGCUGAUCUCAAUCUAGAAGAUACAGUUGUUUCUUAAAGUUUUAGAAUUCUUACAAUAUUUUACUUAGAAGUAUUUCAGUUAACCCCAGUUUUUUCCAUCAGUCAAUAAAAAAAGUUUAAAAUAACCGGGGUGGUCCUCCUGUAAUCUUGUAUUUGCUAACACAAUAUGAGUUUUUCUAGUUGUUUUCAAAAUUAUCGUAUUGGUAUCUGUGUUUGUGUGUACAUACAAACACACACAUCUAAGUUUCAGUUACUAACAGAUCAGAAUUGGUUUUAUUUCUUAAACUGUUGAUUACUCUGUUAACUAAGAAGUCUGAUAAUUUUCUAAUUCUAAGCCAAAAAAGUCCUGUUUUUUUUUUCCCCAUUGAAAAAUAAGCCACUUAUUUUCAUAAGGAUUAAAGGAUUUCCAGCUUCUGAUAUUUGCUUUUGAACUCUACAUCAUGUAUUAAUAUUACAAAACUUUCUAUCUCUGCAUGUAAUCACACUAAUUUACUUAUGCCAUAUACAAAACAAUGAGAAAGUUAAGACUAUAAACAACUUUACAACAUGAAUGUAAUAAAAGUUUCAAUAUUUUGAAAACAAAAGCUAAUACUGUUAAAUAAAACUUAUUUUGCUAAGUUGAAAUUCAAGGAUGUAUAUAUAAUUGCUUACAUGUAAAGAGUGCAUAAAGUCAAAUACAAAAGUUGUUUUUUCUUAAAUGCAUUAAUUAUUUAUUGCCAUGACAAACUGUUCGGUCCAAAAUGAAAGCUAUAUUCAGAAUGAGAUUUGCCCUUAAAUUGGAGAGGUAAUCAAUGAAAUGUCUGUGCAAAAUAAAGUGCAAGCAGUAUAAAAUUGAAGCCUGUGUUUCCUCCAAAAUGAGAACAAUUGAUUAAAUGAUGAAAUAAGACUUUAUAGCCACUGCACUGGGUACUGCGAUAACUUUUCAAGCAUCUUCUCAUGACUGAACCUUCUGUUUCAUUCCGUUUCAAAUUUUAAGAGUAACAUACAGUGGUCACUUGGAAUCUGCUAUAUAAUUUGACUUAUAAUUACAAAGACUCCUUUUAUAAGCAAUACCUAGACACAUAAUGUUCCUUCUUUAAGUAAAGGUUAGAAAAUGUCAUCUUAGAAAGGAUCUGUUUAAACCAUGUUAUAAAAAUUAGCUAAACAAUUUGGUACAUUAAGUGGAAAUGUCAUUUGUGUAAAAAGGACAUUGUAAAUUUUACAUAGCAUCAUAACAGCUACAGCUACUAUAAUGAAAAGUGGUUAAUGGAAGUCAGUUAUUCCUAAGUAGAAUGUAUAUAAAGAUUUACUUUAAUGCUCUCUUGUUUCAGACAAGCAAAAUAACUUUUGGAGCACUGUUUAGCAUUUUAAGAGUAGCUAACACGAUACAGCUACACAAAACCUUCUUGCAAUAGCGUGCAAUGCAGUAAUUCCAAAGUGAUGAAAGUACUUAAAAAGCAAAAAUGGCUUGAAUAGAAUGGAAAUCCAGGUAAGUGGACAGAUUAUCUAGGUUUAAUUUGUUAUGGAUGGUAUAUUAGAAGAGAAACAAACUAGAAGGAUGAAAUGGAAUACACCAAUUCGCAUUACUUCAUGUAAAAAGAAUGGCUACCUUAACUACAGAUAUUAGUAAAUCAAAACAUUUGUUUUAAACUGUUUUUUCUUAUAAUGUCUUCAAUUUUGGUAUCAAAGUAAUGGUGAAAUAAAAUGAGUUGGGAAGUGUUUCCUCUUCUGUUUUCUGGAAGAGAUUGUGUAGAAUUGGUAUUAAGUGUUUGGUAGAAUUCACCAUUGAAACUGGGCCUGUAUCUUUCUUUUCUGGAGGAUAUCUUUAUUUCUUCAGUGAGCUUUGGUAGUUUGCAUCUUACAAGGAAUUUGUCUGUUUCAUCUAAGUUGUUAAAUACAUGGAUGUAAAGUUGGUCAUAGUAUUUUCUAAUAAUCUUUUUAAUGUCUACGGGGUCAGCAG